UCAACUGGAAUUAGGUAGCUCCCCGGUCAUCCGCCCUUAUUGUUUAGCACAUUGUUUGGGCAGCCCAGCUCUGGCAUCCAUUUCAUCACAUCCAUCCACCGCGCUUAGAACCACUACGUCAACAUUCCGCGUGCCCAAAUACCAGUUUAUUUUGUGUCUGCAAUGUGAUAUCCCUCCUCUUUUCCAAACAACAAUCCUCCCGAAAGAACCCCGCCAUGUUGCGAUAUCUACCAUUUGCGCCGUCGACGACGCCUCUACAGGCACUGACGUACCUUCUCGGCAUAUCGCUCUUCUCGAUCUCCUUUCUUGUAUUUUUGAACAGCUCUGUUUCUUUUGUUAUUACCGACCUGAUUGGGCAGAAGGAGGGCGUUGGCGAUGUCGUGGGAACUCUUGGCUUCGUCGAUGAGCUCGUUGCGCUUGUCGCUUGUCCAGGAUGGGGUCUUGUGUCGGAUCGUCUGGGUGUUAGAUGGGUUGCUGUCAUUGGAUACGCGAUAAUUGGUGUCUCGCUGGCUCUGUUUGUGCAGGCGAAGACUGUGUAUCCCCAAUUGUUGCUGGCUCGCGUGUUAUUCGCAAUCGGCGCAUCUGCAGCGGCCACAAUGGUAACUGCGAUACUCCCAUCUUUGACGGACGAUAGCAAUAACGAGGAGGAUGAAGCUCAAGCUAGAAUUAAAGCUCUCCAGAAUGCGACAGCCCGAAGCAGUAUUGCCUUCUCUGUCGAAUCCGAAGCGACAAUCACCCAGGAACGAUACACACAGUCUAUUUCUGAGCCGAGCACAACGGAUACCGCCGAUACUGCGGCAGGAAGACCAUCCAAACUAGCGGGAUUCGUUGGACUGUUUACUGGAUGCGGUGCGCUUGUCGCACUGACGCUGUUCCUCCCACUCCCAGCGCGAUUUGGCGAGAAUAAAGGCACUACCCCUGCUGAAGCGGUAUCGUAUAGCUUCUACGUUGUUGCGGCUGUCGCAUUGGCCGUGUCUAUCUUUGUUGCGAUCGGUCUGCGCAACAUCAAAGGUGAGGAGGGUAAGGGUUGGAGAAUGCUCUUCGGACUGAAGAACGAUGACGAAUCGAGUGAUGGAAACGGCCGUGAGCGACGUAAGCUUGCGCCGUAUCUCCACCUCAUGAAAGACUCAGUCUUCCUUGGCUUCGUUGAUUCACGAAUCGGACUUGGCUAUGUUGGCGGUUUUGUUGCUCGAGCUUCAAGCGUUGCUAUCUCACUCUUCAUCCCUUUGUACGUCAACACGUUUUACAUCAGCAACGGUUUCUGCAAAGGCUCGCCUCACGAUUCGUCGCCCGAACUCAAGGAGGAGUGCAGAGCUGCAUACGUCCUGUCUUCCAUCCUUACUGGUGUGGCGCAACUCAUGGGCCUCAUUUGCGCUCCUAUCUUCGGAUACCUUGCCAGUCGAACUGGUCGCAUCAACUACCCCAUCGUCGUCUCGACCGUUUUUGGUAUCGUAGGCUACAUCGCCCUUCCGCAACUCUCCAGUCCUGAAAUCAAGGACGUAGACGGCCGAGGCGGUAGUCCCGCAAUCUUCUUUAUUGUUUCACUUCUUGGUAUCAGCCAGAUCGGCGCUAUCGUUUGCAGUCUUGGUUCUCUUGGCCGUGGAGUUCUCGCAGUUGAGCUGCCUCGAACCGCCCGCCCCGAAAGCCUGCUCCAGCCAGAGGAGUACGAAUCAGCCAACGAUGAGAGCCGACCUCUCAUCAGCAUUACGACGGACCAAGAGUCAGUCUCUCGUAUCCGCCUUAAAGGCUCUAUUGCAGGCGUUUAUUCUUUGUAUGGUGGCUUUGCCAUCUUGCUACUUACUAAGCUAGGGGGCUUUCUCUUUGACAAACUCUCCAACGGGGCGCCUUUCUACAUGAUGGCCAUUUUUAACGCUGUUUUGCUGGCAUUCUCUCUUGGAAUGGAUGCUUCGCACACAUUUUCACAUCGGGUGUAAAAUAUUGUAGCGUCUUUGUCUUCUUGCAACUAGAUACGAAAUAGAUGAAAAGCGUUCUUCUCCCCUUUCAUUAGAUCUUACAGGGGACACCGGUCUAGUGUUAUUAUCAUAGCAAAACAUCACUUACUUAAAGAAGAAACAUUGAUAUGAGGCGUAUACAAAUUUAUUGGGACUGCUAUCCUUGACCGUACCAGAUACCAGUGCUGAAAGUUGUCAAAUAUGUCCACCCCCUGGAUUCUUAACCCAGAUUUCUAAUACCUACACAAGUGUUCUUCGGUCUCAC